UUUCGCGGUCAAUGUUGAAUGAUGACAAAAAAAGUUAAAAAUGUCGCUUGAAAAGAAUACUUCGUUGGCAAAUAUGCUUGCAAAUUUGCAAAUUAACGACGAUGUGCACGAAAACAAUGACACAAAUCCGGAGGCUGAACAUCCACCGUGCAAACUGCCCCAAAUGCUCGAAGCUUGCAAUAGUGACGACGAAAAUACACUCAACAUCGCCGACAGCAGCAGUGUUGUUUUUGUUGAUUCGUUUAUUUUGGGAUCGUCGUCGUCGUCGUUGUCGUCGUCGCCACAGGCUAGCUGCAUCGAUUCAUCCAAGUUGAAGGAUUCAUUUGACAGUAACUCGCCUGUUGGUAGCUUCAUCGACGAGACGGAACCCGAGGAGGACAACGCCAACAGCUCUGAGUCUAGUCAGGACGAGAUGGAUCUGAAAUCUCCUCGCAAACGAAAAAGUCCCGUUAAAACACCUUCCAAAAACAGCAAAUCGGUUGCAGAUCAAUCGGAGCAUCGUGCCAGCACACCCACUAGCCCAAAGGCAACCACUGUGACACGCAGCGGACGCGCCGUUCGUGCCUUAUUGGACACAACAUUUGAUUACUCUUCGUCGCAGCCAGAGGGGGAGGAGGAUGAGUCUUAUAGCCUUUCGAACGACACCGACGAUGAGGAUUAUAGCCUGGAUGUGAGCAGCGCAGAGCCCAAAUGGUCUAGCCGCAAGCCGCGGCGCGUCUCCUAUCAGCACAGCCAGAGCAGCAGCAGCGAAUCGUCGAGCCCGGCAAGCCCCAAGCGUGAUCAGCGUCUAAUAUACAUUGAUCUGAGCCAGCCGGUGGCAAUUGUGGGGGAUGCUCCACUGCCCGAACUGUCCGUCGAUGAUGAUGCGGAUCUCAAGACGCGACUGCACAAAUUCCUGGGCCUCAUGGCACCGCGCCGACGCCUCUACAAUCCCAUGGACAACUAUGAAGAUGGGCCAAAUUGCUCGCCGCCAAAGAAAUCGCAACAGGACUCCGAGCGGAGUCCACCAAGAGAGACGAUCACUCAAGUGGCAUUGGCGACGCCCAAACGCCUCUAUCCACCGACUACGCCGAUGAGGAAACUGAAUAUAUCGCAUGUGAAUGCGCCCAACAGCACCAUUGAGGAGCGGCAGGCAAAGUUCUACGACGAUCUGGUAUUCCAGGCAAAUGCCACGUACAUAGAGAACCAAACGCCGGCCUUCCUCAAGGAACCCAUCGAUCUGAGCUGCCUGCCCAGCGAGAAGCAGCGUGAGAGCAUUUGCCGUCGCCACAAUGGCAGCAUUGCCUGCCUCGAGGAGCAUCCGCAUUUCUAUGGAUUCAUCGAGUCACUGAAUCCUCAGACUUCAAUCAAUUUGUGCCAUCCACGGGCACUGAUCUAUCGCCAGAGUGACUUUGAAAAGUGUAAAGUGGCCCUGGCCAAGGUGCUGUUCAGCGUUUUCAAUCAUGCCAUCUUCCAUUGUGGCCUACAGGCAAAAAUUGUGUGGAAGUCAAACAUGAGGACGCCCUGCAGCAGUGAGCUGGGCUUCAACACAAACGGCAAGCGCAUGGCGCGCAUUCUGCUCUGGGAGCAAAUCAAUCAAACGGGAAUGCUGAUAAAGCCGCUGCUCCACGAGAUGUGCCAUGUGGCGGCAUUUGUGUUCAAUUGUGAGACCGGACAUGGUGAUAAUUGUCGCAAAUGGGCUUACCAAGCUAAAAGUCUCAUACCCGAGCUGGCAUUGAUCAGUGACUGUGAUGCCAGCCACAAGUAUACGUGCACGCUCUGCGCGCGCUGCUCCUACGGCCGGCUGGCAUUCGAGCAUGAAGUGGAGCUGCUACGCUGCCACUACUGCCAGUUUGAGGUGCAUGUGGAGCGCUGGAAGGCCACGGACAUGCACAUAAUGACGCGCAGCAAUCAGCUCAGCACACCCUUCAAGGCAUACGUGCGGGAGCAUUAUCUAGAGAUCAAGCAGGUGGAGGCGCAUAGCGCCAAAAUGCAGGAACUAAAUCGACAAUUUAUGGAAAAAGAAACCGCCUAAUAAAUAACCUAGUUAAACUUAGUUAAUAUCUAUAUUAUUUGUAUUAUAUUUUGCACUGCAAUUGAACAAAAUGCCCAAGGAA